AUGGCAAGGAAAUUAUCAGGACUUAUUCAUUCAUCACAAGGAUGUGAGAACCUGGUUGUUUGUAAUGUGGUUGUGCAUUUUGAAGAAAUCCUUGAUACGGUUGUACCUCAAUCUCAAUUGGUUAUCUCGCGUCAAGCUUUUCGCAAUAAUGCUAGCAAGUAUUUCAUUAAUGGACGACAAAGCAAUUACACUGAAGUUACAAAUGAAGCACCAAAUAAGCAUGAAGAUGGACUCUUAGAAUUUCUUGAUGACAUUAUCGGAACUUCUAAAUAUAAAAUCCCACUUGAAGAAGCAAAUGAAAAGCUUGAAUUAUUGGAUAAAGAACAUUUAU